GUGAGCAAACUGUACAUUUCUUCUACACUCUUCUGAACGCCUCCAGACUGCAGGAAGAUGGCCGCCGCCGCUCCGCCGCCUCCACCCAGCUCAGCCCCCGACGUCAUCAAGGAGGAGCUGCUACCAACGGGCUAUCAAAUGUUCACCCGCAUCCGUCUCGCCACCGCAGCCGAUGUCCCCCACAUACACAAGCUCAUCCACCAGAUGGCCGUCUUCGAGCGCCUCACCCACCUCUUCUCCGCCACCGAGGCGUCUCUCUCCUCCACCCUCUUCCCCGCCUUUAAUCCUCCGCCGCCGUUCACCUCUUUCACCGUCUUCAUCCUCGAAGUAUCGCCCUAUCCGUUUCCUCCCGGCGCCACUGGAAACACUCCCUAUUUUUCCCCAAUCCACAAAACCCUAACCCUGGACCUCCCAAUCAGUGACCCGGAUGCCCAAAUUUUCGGGUCGCAAGACCUGACCGACGUAACCGUUGCGGGAUUCACCCUGUUUUUUCCGAACUAUUCGACAUUCUUGGCAAAACCUGGAUUCUACAUCGAGGAUAUAUUUGUCCGGGAUGCCUACCGGAGGAAAGGGCUCGGGAAGAUGCUUCUGUCGGCCGUGGCAGCUCAGGCGGCUAAGAUGGGGUAUGGGAGAGUUGAAUGGGUGGUGCUGGAUUGGAAUGUGAAUGCUAUAAAUUUCUAUGAGCAGAUGGGGGCCGAGGUGCACAAAGAGUGGCGCAUUUGCAGGCUUUCCGGCGAGGCUCUCCAGUCGUACGCUCCAUGAUCUCAUCUUUCUCUUCUCUAUGACUUUUUGACAAAUCACAUUCUGUUUCUCUCCCAGUGUGUUAUGUGUUCAUCUUUGUUCAAUUCAAUAGUGACUCACUUGAUGUGGAUAUGAAGGAGCUGAAUUUGUCUUUGAAGUUUCUUUCCCCACUUAAAGAAACCUAAGUAUGGCUGAUGAAUUGAGGAUGCAUUCUGUCUGUGCAUAUUUGGCUUUCUUGAUUUUGAUGGGGUCUUAU